AAAUUAAGUAGCUGCUUCUCGGACCAUGAGCUGCUGUCUUCAGUCUUCAGUCUCAACUCUUCAACAGUGUCAAAAUGUGCGGCAAUCCAAACACGCGACUUCUCUCGCGUCUCAUCAUCGAUUUUCUGCUGCUGCUGGCCAUCUACUGUGUUGCCUUGGUGGUGCUGCCCCAGCAACUGCAGACGGUGCAACGUGGCUUCCACUGCAGCGAUGACAGUCUACAUUAUCCCUAUCGCCAGGCCUGGCUGACGAAGAUCCACUUGACCAUUGUUGUUGUGGCUUUGCCUGCAGCCUUCAUUCUUGUCGUGGAGAUGCUGCGAGCUGCCUUCGUGCCCAGCUCAGCGGAGCUGAAGCAAAGAUUCGUUUUCGUUGGCGCUCGCAUUCCCAGCUUUAUCAGCGAGUGCUACAAGAUCGUUGGCGUCUAUCUGUUUGGUCUCGGGCUUACUUUGCUUGUGAUUCGAGUGACCAAAUACUCAACGGGUCGCUUGCGUCCCUACUUCUUUGAUGUAUGUCAGCCCAAAUGGAGUUCAGAGGAUGACUUAGAGGAGGAAGACGACCAACAGCUGCUAAGUUGCGAACUGCUGUCGCCGGGCAAUGCCACCAGCUACAUUGGGGACUACAAGUGCACCGAGUUUGCCGCCUCGCUGGAGCUGCUGUCGCUGGUUCGUCAUUCGUUCCCUAGCGGCUUUGCAACGUCCACCAGCUAUGCGAUGUUCUUCCUCAUCUAUUAUGCCCAGGCGCGUCUCUUUGCCCCUUGGCUGCGUCUGCUGCGCUCCACGCUGCAGUUGGCUUGUGGCGCCAUCGCGCUGCUCGUGUGCUUGGAGCGCAUUUCCACCAACCAAAACCACAUCUCGGAUGCCGCUGCGGGCGUCUUCCUAGGCGCCACCUUGGCCUCUUUUGUGGCCGUGUUUGUGGCGCAUCUGUUUCGGCAGGUGAGAGUGAAGCGACGUCAGUGGCCCAGGAAUGAACAGAUCUAUGGUUAUGCUGGUUACUAUAAUCGCGCCACCUACGGCUAUUAGCUUCUAAGUAUAAGUCUUUUUGUAAGUGUAUAACUCAAUAAAUGUAUGCAAGAGUGUGGAAUGUGUUUCAUUC